AUGGAUGGCGACGAGGAUAGCGACUCGGAAGAAGAGGAGAGUUAUGAGGCUGCUGAAGAGGCAGGAGAUCAGCAACUCCCCUUUGAGCCGGUGCUUGUGGAUGGUGACGCUGGAGCCGCCGUUGGCUACGAGCAAGUAGACGUUGGAGGCGAUCUUGGCAACAUAGACGCCUGCGCCGGUGACGCCCUUCGCGACAUGCAAGCAGUCGCUGGAGGUGCCGCAAGCAACGUCCAGGCCAUCGCUGGAGCCGGGGUUGGCAACACUCAAGCCUUCGCUGGUGUCGCCAUUGGAAGCGUGCAAGCAGACGCUGGAGACGCCGAUGGCUAUGUGCAGCUCAUCGCUGGAGCCGUUGCUGGCAACUUUCAAGCCAUCGUUGGAGUCGGAGUUGGCAACAUUCAAGCCUACGUUGAACCCGAUGCUCAUCAUGCUGCGGCCAACCGUAAUCUUCAGGCCGAGAUCGACGACAUGCGCAACACGAUGUCGAUCCUGCAUGAGAACCAAACGUCACUGAUCCACGUUGAGCAGGAAUGGGAUGCGCUUCGUGAGGAGGUCGCCGUGCUGCACAAGAAGAUUCGAGUGCUCAAAUCGAAAUCUCACAGCGGUGUGGAAGCUAUGGACUACGAUAAUCCAGAUAUUGACAUGGAGAAACUUCCCAAGGUCGAUGGGAAGAUACAUAUCCCUUCCUCCUUGUCUGAUGAUGAUGCUUUCGCGGUGAGUUGUUAA